GUUCUUUGUAUCGUGUGUGUCCUGGGUAUUGAGCAUUGGUAUGUGUUGCGUUAGUUGGUUAGUUCUCUUCUGCUGCUGAGAGAGCGGCUGCGGCGGCCGCGGGCCCCUCGGCGGCGGGCGACUGCUGCUGGGUGGCGGAGCGCACCACGUGGUCGAAGUACUGGGGUGCCUUCUCCCGCAGUCCAGCGAUCUUGUUGGAAACGCCGAAGAUGUCCUUGAACCAACUCAACUCACCCUGCACGCAAGCACAACACACCACAGCCCGCCACUCUCUCUCAGUCUCUCUCUCUCCUUGUGUGUAUGUGUGUGUCGUGUGGGUACCUGAGUGGUGAUAGUAUGCAGCCCGCCGUCGAACCCCUCUUGCUGGGGCUCGGGAGGCUCCAGCUGGGCCUCGUACUCCUUCAGAAUCUGGCGCGCCUCCAUAUCGCUCCAUUUGGCUGCAGUCACAGUGCAUCCACCCAUCCAGGAACAGAAUGGAUGUGUGUGUGUUUGUGUGUGUGUGUGUUGGUGUGUGCGGCUCGGCUGAGUGGCUUACGUCCGCCAGAUGGUGGCGGUGUGCGGUCUCGUGAGUUGGUGUUCUUGCGCGCCCUGAUCUGCUGCCUGCAUUUGUCGCACAGACACAUACACACACACAUUGUGUCUGUGCUGGCUCUCGUCCCCCUCUCUCUCUCUGUGUGUGUGUGCGUGUGUGUGUGUGUAUGUGGUUGGUGGAGGGGUGGGGCUUGAUGUAUGUGCAGACGCGUACAAACAGAAGUAUGAGUCGCGGUCCAGAUGCGCCAGCGCUAUCUCAUUCGAACCAAUCCUGCAAAGGCACAAAACACCUCAGUGAGACAAAUUGCCGGCAUACACACAUGCGGCCAUCGUCUUCCCUUGCUCUCUGUUCUCCUCCGUACCCACACUGCCGCCCCACGUCCGUCCACACUCGACGGUCGGCGGUGGUGAGGUUGGGCCGGUCGACGAUGACCUUGUGGCAGUGGCCCGUCUCCGACAACAACUCCUGCACCUCUGGAGCCACACACACACACACACACACACACACAGAGAGAGAGAGAAAGGGGAGGGAUUGACACUCACGGGAUGGAUGGCUGGAGUGUCGGCUUACUGGUUAUGCAUGCCUGGUCGUCCUUGACCUUUCCUGUGAUCGAGACCAUCUUCCACCCGCGCUCGGCGAACGAACGGGCCAGCAGCGUCUUGCCUGACAAACAUAUACACACGCAUACCAGAAUACCCAUAAAUUCGCCAUCCCUUGGUCCAUCCGUGUGUGUGUCUGUAGUGUACCUGCGCCCGGGUAGCCCAUGAGGACCAGCAGCCUGAUGUUCUGCGUCUGCAGGAACCGCAGCAGCAGGGCCUUCUCCGCAGCGUCGAGUGCGUCCUCCUGCAGCACCACCAGGGCGUCGUGCACCUUGGCCUUGAGCUGCUCUUCGCUCCCCAGCAGCACCAGCAACUCAGGGGUGUCCAUGUCCAUCAUCAUGCCAGUGAUCUGACACACACACAUCCGUCACACACACAUGCGCUGUGUCCAUCCAUCCAGCCAUCGGGUCUGGUGUGGCCGUGAGGUGAGCUGAGGUGCGCAUUUCACUGCACCUUGGCGGCGAGGUCGGGAUGUCGUUUUGCGAUGAGUGUGUGGAGUUCCUCGCCGAGGAUGGCCUUCUGUUGGUCAGCCAGGGAGGCACCGAGGCCACCCACAAACGCAUUAUCCACCUGUACACACGUCAUCCACCCACGCGCAGGACGAGCAAUGUGUGUGUGUCCAUGUAUGGGCCUUAGUUGAUAGUCCCUCUCAGCGUGUCUCUGCCCGCCUUCUCUUCCUGCUCACCGGCGACAGUUGGUUGGCAGCCUGGCUGCUUGACGCGCUCGCUUCGUCAGCCUCACCCCCUCCCACACCCCCAGCACCAUCCCCACUGCCGACCCCACCGCCGCCCCCGCCGCCCAUGGACAU